GUAAAGUGUGCGCUGUGGCUUUCCGUAGUCGCGGCUCUCAUCUGCUGUCAGUUGACGAACAUUUCAUUUUAAGAUGUAGAUAUUUGUUUGUUUUUAAUAUAUUAAAUGAAUAAUGUAUUCGAAAGGGACGUCGCGAGGUUUCUUUUUUAAUACUGUUCUGUCUCUCGCGCGCUCUCUGGCUGCUCAUCGACCCGCUCCGAUUGACAAGGUCCAGAAGCUACAAUGCAUGUGUCCUGUGGACAUCCGUGGUGUUUUCCAGCUGGAUGAGCGGAGGAGAGAUGCUGUGAUCGCCCUCGGCAUCUUCCUGGUGGAGUCUGAGCUGCAGCACAAGGACACAAUUGUCCCGUACUUGUUGGGUUUGCUGAAGGGAUUACCCAGAGUGCAAUGGAUCGAGGAGAGCUCAGAGAGGAAAGGACGAGAAACACUUCCCAUUGCGGAGAAUUUCUCCUUCUGUUUGGUGACGAUGCUCUCAGACGUUGCUCAAAUGGACGAGUCCAUGAGAAUCCAGAUUUUGGAGGCUGUGAUGAACCUCAUGCAGGUGCUUCAGGAAAUGUGUCAGAACAUCGAAGGCCAAGAUAAAGAAUGCCUGUGUAAAUACACUGUGCCCUGUCUGCUCGGCGUGGUGCGAGCGUUCGGCCGCUACAGCAACACAGAGGAGCCGCUGCUGUCUAAACUCUUCCCACGGGUCAGUCCUCAGCCCUUGGGCGCAGGAGACGGGGAGGAAGUGACCCGACGACGAUCCUUUAACGAUUUCCGCUCCAUUCUACCCAGCUCGCUCCUCACCGCUUGCCAGAGCGACACUUUACGCCAUAAAACCAGCAGUGUUUCCAGCAUCUCACAACAGGCCAGUCCAGAACGUGCUGGACUUCCUCCAGGUUCUCCUGCUGACCCUUCUGCUCCUUAUUUUGAAGCGGGCUCGUAUCUGCCGGACGGCAGCGCUGUGGACCCCGACUACUACUUCUCCACCAUCAGCUCCAGUUUCUCCGUCUCACCGCUCUUCACGGGCGGAAACUGUAAAGGGUUUGACAUACCCCUGGAUUUACUGAAGCAGCUUCUGCAGAUGGUCGAGCAGUUUGUGUCAGAAUCCUUUAUGAAGACACUGGAUCAGACUAUGGUUGAAGUCCUGGAGGUCAAUGCGUCAGCUAAUCUUCACUAUAAGACAUUCAGUGAUCCGCUGUAUGUGGACAUCUUUAAAAUGCUGAGGGACACUUUAUACUACAUGAAAGACCUGCAGGUGUCGUUCGUGAAGGAGGUCCAUGAUUUCGUUCUGGAGCAGUUCAGCAGCAGUCAGUCUGAGCUGCAGAGGAUCCUGCAUGACGUGGAGUAUCUGCACAGCGAGCUGAACCCGCUCAAACUGCGCUGUCAGGCCAACGCUGCCUGCGUGGACCUCAUGGUGUGGGCAGUCACCGAGGAGCAGGGUGCGGAAAACCUCUGCACAAAACUGUCCGAGAAGCUGCAGUCCAAGACGUCCAGCAAGGUCAUCAUCGCUCACAUGCCUCUGCUCAUCUGCUGCUUACAGGGUCUCGGACGGCUGUGUGAGCGUUUCCCUGUGGUGGCUCAUUCAGUCACCAUGUCUCUAAGAGAUUUCCUAGUGGUGCCUUCACCUGUGCUAGUGAAGCUCUACAAGUACCACAGUCAGUACAACACAGGAACAGGAGACAUCAAGAUCAGUGUGACCAAUGAACAUUCCCAGUCCACCUUCAGCUCUCACUCCAGUAAGAAGACCCAGCCGUCCAUGUAUGAGCAGCUCCGAGACAUUUCCAUCGACAAUAUAUGCAGGUGUUUAAAAGCAGGCUUGUGCAUGGACUCAGUCAUCGUUGAGGCUUUCCUCGCCAGUCUUUCCAACCGUCUCUACAUCUCGCAGGAAAAUGACAAGGACGCCCACCUCAUCCCGGAUCACACCAUACAAGCAUUAGGGCACAUCGCCGUGGCCCUGAGGGACACUCCUCGUGUGAUGGAGCCCAUCCUUCAGAUCCUGCAGCAGAAGUUCUGCCAGCCACCGUCCCGGCUCGACGUCCUCAUCAUAGAUCAGCUGGGCUGUAUGGUCAUCACAGGAAACCAAUACAUUUAUCAGGAAGUCUGGAACUUGUUCCAGCAGAUUAGUGUGAAGGCCAGCUCGAUGGUAUACUCCACCAAAGACUACAAGGAUCAUGGAUACAGACACUGUUCUCUGGCCGUGAUCAACGCGCUGGCCAACAUCGCAGCCAACCUGCAGACAGAGCAGAUGGUGGAUGAGCUGCUGGUGAAUCUGCUGGAGCUGUUUGUGCAGCUGGGGCUGGAGGGGAAGAGAGCCAGCGAAAGAUCCAGUGAGAAGGGCCCGGCCCUCAAGGCGUCCAGCAGCGCUGGGAAUUUAGGAGUUCUCAUUCCUGUCAUUGCUGUGCUGACCAAACGUUUGUCGCCCAUAAAAGAGGCCAAACCGAGACUGCAGAAGCUGUUCAGAGAUUUCUGGCUGUAUUCAGUUGUGAUGGGCUUCGCUGUCGAGGGCUCAGGUUUGUGGCCGGAGGAGUGGUAUGAGGGAGUGUGUGAGAUUGCAACCAAAUCGCCGCUGCUGACGUUCCCAAGCGGAGAACCGCUGCGCUCAGAGCUGCAGUAUAACUCUGCCCUGAAGAACGACACGGUCACUCCGGCCGAGCUGAAUGAUUUGAGAGGCACCAUCAUUAACCUGCUGGAUCCUCCGCCAGAAGUGGCUGCGCUCAUCAAUAAACUGGACUUCGCCAUGUCCACCUACCUGCUGUCCGUCUACCGCCUGGAGUACAUGAGGGUGUUACGCUCGCUGGAUUCUGAUCGUUUCCAAGUGAUGUUUCGAUACUUUGAGGACCGAGCGAUCCAGAAGGAUAAAUCAGGAAUGAUGCAGUGUGUCAUAGCGGUGGGUGACAAGGUCUUCGAUGUCUUUCUUCAGAUGAUGGCUGACAAGGAAAAGACUAAAGCUCAUGAGGAGGAGUUAGAAAAUCAUGCUCAGUUCCUGUUGGUCAACUUCAACCACAUUCACAAGAGAAUCCGCAGAGUGGCAGACAAAUAUCUGUCAGGACUCGCUGAGACUUUUCCGCACUUGUUGUGGAGCGGUCGUGUCCUGAGGACCAUGCUGGAUAUAUUACAGACCCUGUCUCUUUCACUCAGUGCUGACAUCCACAAAGACCAGCCGUAUUAUGACAUACCAGACACCCCGUAUCGCAUCACCGUGCCGGAUACAUACGAGGCCAGAGAGAGCAUAGUGAAAGACUUUGCUGCCCGCUGUGGAGAAAUCCUGAAAGAGGCCAUGAAGUGGGCACCAUCGGUCACCAAAUCUCACCUACAGGAGUACCUGAAUAAGCACCAGAACUGGGUGUCAGGUCUGUCCCAGCACACGGGUCUGGCUAUGGCCACUGAGAGCAUCCUGCACUUCGCUGGAUAUAAUCGACAGAGCACCAGUCUGGGUACCACUCAGCUCACAGAGAGACCAGCAUGUGUGAAGAAAGACUACUCCAACUUCAUGGCCUCCCUCAACCUGAGAAACCGCUAUGCUGGAGAGGUAGCAGGGAUGAUCCAUUUCUCUGAGGCCACCCGGAGCACGUCAGAUCUGAACAAGCUGAUGAUUCGUGAGAUGAAUGAAGCUCUGGACGGAGGUCAGCCGGAAGCCUUCACUGAAGCCAUGUUCAAAAUGACUGCGCUGCUCAUCAGCUCCAAAGAAUGGGAUCCUCAGCUGCUGCAUCGCCUCUGCUGGUCUCCGUUGAAGAUGUUCACGGAGAAUGGCAUGGAAACAGCUAUUGCCUGCUGGGAAUGGCUCCUGGCUGCGAGGACAGGCGUUGAAGUCCCGUUCAUGCGGGAGAUGGCAGGUGCGUGGCAGAUGACCAUCGAGCUGAAGAUGGGGCUGUUCUCUGACGCCCAGGUGGAGGCGGACCCCCUGGCGGCCUCAGAGGAAAGCCAACCCGUCCCCUGUCCGCCCGACGUCACGCCCCACUACACCUGGAUCGAGUUCCUGGUCCAGCGCUUUGAGAUCGCCAAGUACAGCAGUGCUGAUCAGGUGGAGAUUUUCGGCACUCUUCUGCAAAGGUCUCUGUGUCUCAAUGUUGGCGGCCCAAAAAGCAGCCUGAACCGCCACGUGGCGGCCAUUGGACCACGCUUCAGGUUGUUGACUCUCGGACUUGCGCUCCUUCAUUCUGACGUCGUGACCAACGCCACGAUUCGUAACGUCCUGCGGGAAAAGAUUUACUCCUCCGCCUUCGAUUAUUUCAGCGUUGCUUCAAAGUUCCCCACUCAGGGAGACAAGCGUCUGCGCGAGGACAUCAGCAUCAUGAUCCGCUUCUACGCCAGCAUCCUCUCCGAUAAGAAGUACCUAGCUGCUAGUCAGCUCGUGCCACCUGGUGAGCUUGGCGCCAAUCCCCCUCAAAGCUCCCAAUCUGCUGGGAUUUUCGGAUCGCUUAUCGUUUCCAGCACUUCUCCGCUAUCGAUAUUAAACAACCAGGAUCCGUCCCUGAACAGUUUGUCGGUGAUGAACGCCGCCGACCCGAGGAACAACAUGGACAUGACCAUGGGUUCCCGUCAGCAGAGCGCUCAGGGCUGGAUCAACACCUACCCCCUGUCCAGCGGGAUGUCCACCACCUCCAAGAAAUCAGGCAUGUCCAAAAAGAGCAACCGAGGCACCCAGCUGCACAAGUACUACAUGAAGCGCAGGACGUUACUCUUGGCCUUACUGGCCAGUGAGAUCGAGCGACUGACCACUUGGUACAACCCGCUAUCAACACAAGAGCUGGCCAUCGCCACAGAGCAGUCGGUAGAGACCAGCAUCUCCAACUGGAGAUCCAAAUACAUCAACCUGAGUGAGAAACAGUGGAAGGACAACGUCAACUUGGCCUGGAGUAUCGCUCCGUAUCUGGCCAUGCAGCUGCCAGCUAGGUUCAAAAAUGCAGACGCCAUCGUGGCUGAAGUGACCCGUCUGGUUCGACUGGAUCCUGGUGCGGUCAGCGAUGUGCCAGAAGCAGUCAAGUUCCUGGUGACGUGGCACACCAUUGAUGCUGAUUCUCCAGAGCUGAGCCACAUCCUGUGCUGGGCUCCUGCAGAUCCUCCCACCGGCCUCUCAUACUUCUCCAGCAUGUACCCUCCUCAUCCGCUCACCGCUCAGUAUGGAGUCAAAGUCCUGCGCUCCUUCCCUCCUGACGCGAUUUUGUUUUACAUUCCUCAAAUCGUUCAAUCGCUGCGGUAUGACAAGAUGGGUUACGUGCGUGAGUACAUCCUAUGGGCCGCACAGAAGUCCCAGCUCCUCGCUCAUCAGUUCAUAUGGAACAUGAAGACCAACAUCUUUCUGGACGAGGAAGGCCAACAGAAAGAUCCGGACAUCGGUGAGCUUCUGGAGCAGAUGGUGGAGGAGAUCACACACUCUCUGUCAGGUCCAGCUAAAGACUUCUACCAGCGCGAGUUUGACUUCUUCAACAAGAUCACCAACGUCUCCGCCAUUAUCAAGCCUGUUCCUAAAGGAGAGGAGAGGAAGAGAGCGUGUCUGAAGGCGCUGUCAGAAAUCAAAGUUCAGCCCGGAUGCUAUUUGCCAAGCAAUCCGGAAGCUAUCGUUCUGGAUAUCGACUACAAGUCAGGGACACCGAUGCAGAGCGCUGCUAAAGCUCCUUAUUUGGCCAAAUUCAAAGUGAAGAGGUGUGGAGUUAGCGAGCUUGAAAAAGAGGGUCUGCGCUCUCCAUCAGACUCUCAGGAUGAAGGUGAUGAGAAUCCAGAGACGGCUCAAAAGGUCUGCUGGCAGGCGGCCAUCUUUAAAGUGGGCGAUGAUUGCAGGCAGGACAUGCUGGCGCUUCAGAUCAUCGGUCUCUUCAAGAACAUCUUCCAGCUGGUGGGUCUGGAUCUGUUCGUGUUCCCGUACCGUGUGGUGGCCACUGCUCCUGGAUGUGGCGUGAUUGAAUGUAUUCCGGACUGUAAGUCCCGCGAUCAGCUCGGCCGGCAGACUGACUUUGGGAUGUACGACUACUUCAGGAACCAGUACGGGGACGAGUCCACGCUGGCCUUCCAGAAGGCUCGCUAUAACUUCAUCCGCAGUAUGGCUGCAUACAGUCUGCUGCUCUUCCUGUUACAAAUCAAAGACCGACACAAUGGUAACAUCAUGCUGGACAGCAAAGGCCAUCUCAUCCACAUCGACUUCGGCUUCAUGUUCGAGAGCUCUCCGGGGGGAAAUCUGGGCUGGGAGCCCGACAUCAAGCUGACCGAUGAGAUGGUGAUGAUCAUGGGCGGCAAGAUGGAGGCCACACCCUUUAAAUGGUUCAUGGAGAUGUGUGUGCGCGGAUACCUGGCUGUAAGGCCGUACAUGGAUGCUGUGGUAUCUCUGGUCACAUUAAUGCUGGACACAGGGCUGCCGUGCUUCAGAGGACAGACCAUCAAACUCCUCAAGCAAAGGUUCAACCCCAACAUGAGCGAGAAGGAAGCCGCGGCCUUCAUGAUUAAAGUCAUCGAGCGCUGCUUCCUCAGUAGCAGGAGCAAAACCUAUGACAUGCUGCAGUACUACCAGAACCAGAUCCCGUACUGAGACUGGACCCACGUCAUUAUCAGUCUAUUACAAUCCUUUACGACGAGCACUUUAUAGAUGGGAAUACAUCACCUGCUCUGAUUGGCCCUGAUCCAGGCGUGUCACUUCCUGUCCGGCUGCCUCAGGGCCUCUCUCUAGUGAUCCGCUGUAGUCCAAAAGCUGCAUGUUUGUCCUCUGAUCUCCCUUUAAGGCAUCUGCCGUGACGGUUUGUGUGUGAAUCUUGACAUUCCUAUUGAGAAAUACAUCCUUUAACUCUACUUGAAUCUCUGGGUUUAGUUGCGUCUCCCAGGAAGCCAUUUCUAAGACUCUGGCACAGAUUGCACUGUAGAUUACGUGCCGUCAGCAAAUGACCUGUGCUAUGCAAUACAUCAGUGUUUGUACGUUGUAUCUCGUCCGUACGUCGUGUUCGGCACUGAAUGGGUGAAUCUCAUGAAAGCUGUCAAGUAUGGUUGAAAAUGAAAAUUGUCUAUUUUUAGGACUGUUCGAUUGUUUUGCAUUCUGACUGUGCGCAGCACAUUUAUUAUUUUUUUUUUUAUUUUAAGCAUAAAUUUCACUACUUCGUAUUUAUAUAUCCUGGUGGUAUUUUUUUGUACUGCCUUUAAUUUGUUGAUUUAAAUAAAGAAAAUGAUAUUAGUAUGAUAUAGCAAAAAUGACUGUAUUACAAAAAAGUACACCAUCUUAAUGCAUUAGAGUAAAACUGCUUGCUUGACUAGAAUAAUGCUAAAAAUACAAAUAAAAAUAAUGUAAGAUGCAACGUUCCUAAAUUGUUUUCUUUUGCAUUAUGACAUUGUGCACAGAACAUUUUAAAACAAAAUUUCACAUUAAUGUAAUGCAAAUGUCACUAAUAUUUUUACAUCAUGUACUGCCUUUAAUUUGUUUAAUAAAAAAAAAUCCAGCAUUAUUUUUUAUUAUAAUACAAUAAAAAAUACUGUGUUACACAGUUAAAAAAAUUACACAAAAAACUAGUACACCGCCUGAAUAUAUUAAUUAGAACUGUGGGAAUAUUGUCAAGAAUUAUGCAAAUGAUACUAAUAAAAAAAUUAUAUAAAAUAUCUUAAUGCUCCUCAAAAUGACGUACAUAGCACAUUAAGCAUUUUCACAUUAAUGUAAUGCAAAAUGUCACUAAUAUGUUUAUUUUCUGCCUUUAAUUUGUGUUGACUAAAAUUAAGAAAAAAUACAGCAUUUUUUCAGUAUAAUACAACAACAACAAAAAUACUGUUACACUAUGAAUACUGAUUGAAAGUAUGAGAAUUAAUUUUUUUUUUGUGCAGUGUGCACAUUGUGCAUUUUAAACAGAUUCUCUAUGUAAUUAUUAUAAUGCAACAAAAACAACUGUGUUACACAAAGUAAUAAAAUAUAAAAUCUGAGCAUUACAUGCAUUACACUAAUGAGAAUUUUGGGGGAAAUGUUUGAAUGGCCAGAAUUAUGCAAAUAAUAAU